GGGGUCGCCAAAUUAUUCUGCAAUACACGAGGUAUGAAACAAUUUACUUUCAAUUGAUCAGUGAUCUCCGAGUUUAAAAGUGUUUCAGUCGAAUUAUUUGGUGGACAAUGAAACAGACCCGGUGAUUGGAGGCUUGCUGUAGCGCAUUGUCACAGUGCUUAAUGGAGCAAAGGUCAACAUUCUCCUAUGUGUGGCUGACAGCGUGUAGCAUUUUAACCACUUUGCCAACACGUUAUUCAAAGUGUUUUAUGAGGAAGGUCAAGAUGUAUUCACGGGAACCACACAUUUUAAUUUGGUCAUUUAGGGAUUGAAAAGAUUUCACGCCAAUCAACUUGGUGAUUCCCCCUCACAGUUUCACUCUGAGUGAUUCUCCCCAGUCAGAUGACAGAAUGAUUUCUACUAGCACAGAAGAGCGAGAGAAUGAGGUGGACCUGAAGGUGCCUGCAACCCAGGCCAUUGAAGGAAAUCUGGAUGGAGAUUUAGAGAUGGCUGUCUGCACGUCGGAGGAGCCGUCUGCCUCUAAUACGCUCCCAGAGGAGCCCAGAAAGUGGAUGUGGGCUGUGAUAUUCCUAUGUUUCUAUGGUUUUAUGGCAUCCAUCAAGCCUGGAGAGCCUUUCAUUACUCCAUAUCUACUCAGCACUGAAAAGAACUUUACCACGCAGCAGGUGACCAAUGAGAUUACACCAGUACUGACGUACUCCUACAUGGUAGUGCUGGUACCUGCCUUCCUGCUGACUGAUCUUUUGCGCUACAAGCCAGUUCUGGUCAUUCAAAGCAUCAGCCAGGUGGUUAUCUGGAUUAUUCUGCUCCUAGGUAAUUCCCUGAUCGAGAUGCAGUUCAUGGAAUUCUUCUACGGUGUCACAAUGGCGUGCCGUGUGGCCUAUUCCUCCUAUAUCUUUUCGCUGGUCAGCCACAGCCUCUAUCAGCGCGUGGCUAGCUACUCGCGCACCGCAGUCCUCUUGGGAGUGUUUACCAGCUCUGUGCUGGGCCAGCUUUUCAUCUCAGUGGGACAAAUCCGCUUCAAUACCCUCAGUGCUAUUUCUCUGGGCUUUGUCAGCUUUGGUCUGGCACUGUCGCUCUGCCUGCCCUGGCCGAAACGCUCCUUGUUUUUCAACAAGGCCCGCAAUGAGGAGCACAGAGAACUGGCCGCUGAAGUAGCCACCAAGACAGAACUGGACAAGAUGAACCAGAAGGAUGCUGAGUUGACCACACCAAUUUCCUUGUGCUCUGCAUUCCGAUGGAAGGAUUCUAUUUUUGUACAGAUGCUGUUGGAGCUGAGAACUGUGAUAAAAAGACCCAACCUGCGAUUGUGGUCACUUUGGUGGGUGUUCAACUCCACAGGGUACUACCUGGUGUUAUUCUACGUCCACAUCCUGUGGAGUAAAGUCUACCCUGCCACCGAUAAUAAGAACGUUUACAAUGGAGCUGUGGAAGCUGCUUCUACCUUGCUGAGUGCAUUGACCUCCUUCGCUGCGGGCUUUGUGAAAAUUCGGUGGAAUGUCUGGUCAGAGCUUGUCAUCGGCGUGAUCACAGCUGUGCAGGCUGGCCUACUGCUGCUCAUGGGCACCACAGAAUACAUCUGGGUCUGUUAUGUGGCCUACAUUCUCUUCAGAAGCUUCUACCAGUUCCUAGUGCCCAUUGCCACUUUUCAGAUAGCAUCUUCUCUCACCAAGGAGCUCUGUGCUCUGGUGUUUGGCAUCAACACCUUCUUGGGGACUAUCCUGAAGAGCAUCAUCAACCUGAUAUUUUCCGACAAGAGGGGGCUGGCUUUUGAUGUACACAGUCAGUUUCUUGUGUACUUUAUUUACUUCACCCUGUUGACAGUCAUCUACCUGAUAAGCGCUGCUGUUGUCAUCUUCCGUCACUUCAGAAACCAGCCCAAAAGGCAAGGGGUCAGUCAGCCGCCCAAGUCGACUGAGCUUAGCAACAUGGUUCCUGAGGCAGAACCUUUGUCCAAUGGCAAAAAUGCCAAGACAUAGCAAUGGCCAUGGAUUGUCCUGUUUUAAAGAGCCUUAAUCAUGCUCAAGUGCCUCAACUACUGGUUGUUAGAAGAGACAGCCUAGUUUUUUAUUUAAUGCACUUUUUAAGGACCACUCAAGUGAUGGCCAAAAUGUGCAGUGUUUGAUUGUUGGACACAAACCAAUGAUUCUAAUUUGAUCAUGAUAGCACAGCUGUCUCAGCGCCAUGAUUUAAACCUCUCCAGUGGUUUUAUUUUGUCUUUAUUGAUAAUCAAAAGUUUCCAUCACUUUAAAAUAUCCCUUUUUUUUUUUCGUCUCGGCAUUGAUGUUAUCAGCUGUACGUUUGUAUUACUUUUUGUUGUUGUUGAACAAAAGGACUUGAAAUAGGAAGGACAUUAGGAGAAAUACAUUGGAAAAAAAUACAUUUUUUGUAGAUAUAGGUUCAUGUCAUUUUUGGUUACGUUAUUAUGGCCGUUUUUACUCCUUCAAGCACUUGCGCUGAACAAUUACCAGAAUGUAGUUUUUCUAAAAACAACAGGAACAUUUACUCUAUUUUUGCUAAAAGCAAUAAGUAUAGAUGACUGUAUUUGAGUUGUAUUAUACUCACUUGAAAUGUAAGAUUUAAAUUAAUGUUACAACAUAGCUGAUACUUUUAUCUGUGAGCUUGUCCGAAUGCUGUAAAACAAUUGGUUUAUUUUAUAUUACAAUUUUUUGUAUAUGUGUGAUUUAAAGUUAGUAGGUAAUAAACUUGAUUUCUCAUCUGAGUUUGUGGGCAAACACACACGGCAAUUGUUUGGUCAUCUGUUUCUAAAUUGUUUUACUGUCUUUUUAUUUUGGGAGGGGGAGUGGGGGUCAGGACCCUUCAGUGGGUUUUCUUUAAAUGACAGAAGUUGAGCUAUUUUUGCAGGUCCAGGCCUGAAUCAGUUCUUGUAUGCAUUAUUAAAAAGUUCAACCAUGAAAAUGUGUGUCUCUCCCAAUGAUAAAUUAUCACUAGUUACUGGGCUAUUGAUCCACCUUGUGUGAGAUUGUUUGACAGCCAUCAAGUGGUUUGACUUGAAACUGACACACCAUGCUUUGAUAGUGAUAUUUAGUUUUUUAUUUGAUUAUGUAAUAAAAAAUAUGCAAUGCUCAUGACAUUUAUAAACCAAAAUAAGAAUGAAUACCUACAAAUGUAUGGACAACAGUAUACAAAAACUGCUUGAGGCAUUACUUCAAAAGCAUUCAAUAAAACCUAGAAUAGUUGGAUGUAACAGUCUUCAUGUACCCGAUAAAAAUGAUUUGAAAUUAUUUGCACAAAUCCUAAAUGGGUUAAAAAUGGUCAAAAGCAGCCAAGUGGAGGUAAAUGCAUCACAAAUGCACAAUGAUGCGAUUGUUGAUUGGCAAUGGCGUCUCCCAACAUUCACUCCCUCCCAUCAGUGCAUUCAUUCACGCUCCACAGUGCUACCCACGGAUGAAAAGCCUACAGUCCUGGUGUCAGGCGUGUUGACCAACACAAUAUAGCACACCCUGAAGGAUUUCCUGGUAUUGUCUAGAGUUCACUUUUCAAUUUCCUUACAUUCCUGCUUUCCCUUUUUUGUCUGCUCAAAUUCACGACGCAUUCAUCAACCAUACAUCUAAAAUGACAAUUGUAGAAAAGCAUGCACAACUGCUUAAAGACUAAUCUCUGGUGUGGGCCAUCUACGUCAUUGGUCUUUCCUCUGCAAAGGAAAACUAAGUAAUUAAGGUGUAAUGGAUAUUGUUUUAAGUGAAAGGCUUAACAUUUGUACCUUCCGCUAGUGUCUUCUCUUGAUAGGCUGUAGUGCCGUUUGAUUCGUGAGUGCCUCGACCUACAGUACAACUGAGUGUUUGUUAAAAAGUAUUUUGAAAAUUGAAAUAAGUCAAUAAAAUGACUGACUCUCAUGUUGCCUUUCCUGCUUCCUCCAGAAAUCUGUAGGGGUAAAGAGAGAAUAUUACUCGUAUCUGCAUUAAAGCGCUUAAAUUCUAUUUUGCUCUAACAAUUGCCUAUUGACCCCAAAUAUUUUUGCAAUGUAUUUUUCCUUUGGAACUGAAUACUCUUGAAGAGGCCCCAACAUGAAUAAAUAUCAGCCUCAAUGUUUCGGUUAGAAAUUAAGACUAUAUCAGAGAGGGUUAAAAUUACUAUUUUGUAUUUUAGAAUGUUGAAGAGAAUGCUUUAUACUAACCUGCUUCCCACGGCAUGGAUGCUAUGGAUUGAUAAUUUAAAAAAUAUAUAUUUUCAUUCAUCACAUAAAAUGAAAAAAAAAAUGCUGAGUUCAAUUUUAGCUUCAACGCUUACCUUUUUGAAAGAACCACUUCCCUGUGUGAGGUGAACAUAUAAACAGUAUUACGAUCCUCAAAAAUAAGAUUUGAAUUUCCUCAUUAGGAAAUUAUGCAAAUUUGAACUCAUCUCGUUUCUGUAAGCCCCCUCAACUCCUAGAUUUUGUCGAGCAAUUAUUCUUACCUGUUUUACAUUUGUGAAUGAGCACCACUAAUAUAAUAGCAGUCAGGAGACAAGUGAAGACUGUCAGGCCUGUGUUUACCUUCAGAUUCCCUGCACCCUCUGUUGAAACUAAAGCAUAUUUUGAGGGUUAUUUUGUGCAUUUUUUAAAAAAAUGAAAUUGUUAACUGAGCAUUGUAUUGUCAUGUCCUACCAGUGAGAAAUGGGUUGUUAGCAGACGGGCUGCGCUUAGUGCUGACUGGAUUCUGCAGUUCACACUUGAUCUCGUCUGCACUUAAUGUUUCCUAAAAAGUGAGCAGUAAUGAUAUUGAACCCCAAAUAGUGUUACAGUACUUUACAACAAUAUUUAACACUUUUUAAGAAUAAAACCUGUCUGUUUUUGGUGAACACUAUUACUCUAUUUUAAAGAUGAUCAGUGUGAAACUACCAUUGUUAUUAGUUGGUACGCUUGAUGUAAAAAUAAAGAACCACUGCAACAGACCUUCUGCAUGAUGCGCUCCAUGGAUGAGUUUGUCUCCUCUGCAUGGCCAAACAUCCAGGUGUAGGUGACAGGUUCAGCCCCCGUGGUGUUGCCGGCACAUGUCAAAGUACAAAUUGUCUCCUCGGUAUUACAUGAUGUUACGACCUUCGGCUCGGGGACAGACA